UUAUUCAAAUACUUAAGACAGUUCGGCAGAAGUCUAAGUGAACUGAUUUUUGUUAAAAAAAAAUUUAUUUAAAAAACAAAGUAAAACAAAAAAAAAUCUUUUUUUUCAAAUCUAAAGCAAAUUGUGUGGAAUUUAAGUGAUUUGUGCCUUCGUACAUAUUCCCAAACAAUGUCGUCCAGAGAUUGUAUUUUAUGUAAACUGAUAUCAUUGACCAUAACCGCUAUUGUCUGCUCCGUUUUAUUUCUCGCUUCACUUCAUAUCAACUAUCAAUGGGAAUUUAUUAAAGAACAUGUACGCUUUCGGCGGAAUUCUCCUCAACAAAAUGGAUGGAUACAUUCCCCGCAAGGCAUGCUUCGCGUAUACAUGUUCAAUGUUACAAAUGCAGAAAGCUUUCUAAAUGGAACCGAUUUGCGUUUAAAAAUUGAGCAAAUUGGACCUAUUGCUUAUCAUGUCAUCGGACUAAAUGAAAUUGUUUCUCAAACUAACGGCAACUUAACGUUUCGUAGAAAUCCUCAUAAAAUAUUUGAAUUCGAUCCAUUGGCCAGCUCCUCUCCAGAUAUAUUAAAUCAAACAAUUAUUAUGCCCAAUAUAAUCUUGUUAAGCAGUGCCGCUAAACUGCACGAUUGGGUAUUUUUCGUACGUCACGCCUUCAAUGCCAUUACCAUAAACGAAUCGGCAUUUCUCAAGGAGACGAUCAACUACUUUUUAUGGGAUUUUACAAUACCGACACUUUCGUUGCUAGCGCAUUAUGUACCAAAUAUUGUAAGCAACUGCGGUUUACUGUAUAAUGCAAUAAGACCUAAAGAGCUAAUCUACAAUGUCAAAAUCGGUGUAGAUAACGGCAUCGAAAAUUUCUUCCGGGUAAAUACGUUUAAUAAUAAAACAUAUUUUCCUCAACAACGAGCGUUCGUGAAACGAGCUAAAAAAUCUGACGAAUAUUGUCCGGUCAUCUUGGACAAUAGCUUUGACAAUUCCCUUUUUCCACCGUUCCUAACGCCCGAAACCGAAUUGAAUAUUAUUGCUACGGAGGCUUGUCGUACGCUUAAAUUGAAUUACGAUCGUGAAGUACUUUGCCAGGGAUUCAAGGGUUAUCGUUACACUCUAAGCGAUGUAAAUACUAAUAAGGAUUGCUUGGAUAAUUCAUUGGGGAUUAAAUUGCCUAAAGGAAUGUUUGAUGCAUCGCGUUGCGUGUCCGGCGAAGUUCCAACGGCAUUAUCGGCGCCGCAUUUCAUGGAUACUGCUUAUAACUUUACCGAGCAUUUUGAAGGCUUGUCGCCAGAUAAAGAGAAACACGAAGCUGAAGUUAUAUUAGAACCUACAAUGGGUAUACCGUUGGAGGAAAAAUAUCGCUUUCAAGUUAACAUACCCAUGCCAGAUAUGAAAGGUUUCAAUAAAGACUUGCAACGUUUCAGUCAUAUGGUUAUACCAUCAUUUUGGUAUGAAUUUGAUAUGGACGAUAUGUCAACGUUAACGUCACUAUUUAUGCAUAUCGGUGUACAUAUAGUUCCUAAUAUUCAAGGAACUUUAAUGGUUAUUUUUCUUGUAUUAAUUGUGUACAGUUGCCUUCGAAUUUAUUUACUAAUAACGAAUAAGACGUUAAGAGAACUGUUAUGUGAAACUUAUAAAAAGAAAUAAGAAAUUAAUUU